AAUUUUGCAAAUCAUCGUCAGCUCGUGCAGUUUGCCAGGUUCCCCAUUUUCGGUUCUGCUGUUUCUUCUCCCCGCUUCCGCAACGACAUACUCGGUUAAGUCGGUUUGUUUUUGUCUCGUGCUAGAAUUUUGAUUUUUAUUACUGGCUAGAAUGGCCGGGCAACCCACAUUUAACCUUAUUAUAACUCCAGCGCCAAACGCUCAAAUACAGCUACUGCAAGAAAAACACCCUCUUCUCGUCGACGUAGUGGCUCUUGAUGGCCUGACUAAUUUGGGGCAGGAUCUGGGCCUUCAGGGUGCCCAGUUCGAUCCGGUCUGCAGCACCGUGCAGUACCGCGGCGGGCUCCGAGUGUUUUCUGUUUUUGUCCAUGGAAAUCAAGCCGCUCUCCGGGUGCCUGUGGGAAACUUCAACAACGCCCAGCAGAACGCUCAGCGAUGGUCGCUCUCAACGUCACAACAUCCACGGCUGAUCGGUGGCCGCUAUAGAUUCCGCGUACAAUCGUUGAUUCCGGACGUCACCGACGACCACCUGCGCGCUGCGCUCCUUGAUGCCGGAAACGGCGACGUGGUGACUGCCCCCAUUUUUGAUGCCGGAAACGUGGUCCCCAUUCUGGUGCACACGGUCGGGGGUAACCCCAGGAUCCGCACCCUGGCGUUCCUGGACGCCGCCGAUGCGCAGACGAGUUUUGAAUAUCUGAAUCGUAAUAAUUUGGCCCACUUGGCUGAGACGGAGAUCGUGGCUAAAUGGGAAACUCCCGGUCUCGCAGGCGGUGACGCAACUUGGGCGGCGAACGCCAUCAGCAUUGUCAGCGGACAGGAGCUGGGCGGAUCCGAGCUGCGUGUGGCCUGGGCCAAGCCGCGUGAUCAGCGUAGCGGCGGGGGACGUCGUGGAGGAUACGGCGGUGGCGGUGGCUACGGAGGCGGACGCGGGUAUGGAGGCGGCGGCGGAGGAUACGGAGGCCGCAGUGGAGGUUACGGUGGCGGAGGCGGCGGCGGGGGCUAUGGCGGCGGCGGGGGAUAUGGCGGCGGUGGCGGCCGGGGAGGUGGCGGCGGCGGCGGGGACCGUUCGUGCUACAAGUGCGGCCAGUCGGGGCAUAUUUCCCGCAACUGUCCGGAGAACGACGGCGGUGGGCGUGGCGGUUAUUAGGAGACCCUCCCCCCUUCAUCCAGGCAUCCUCCCCCCAUCGUAUCAUCCGUGUUUAAGCUCGUGGGUCGUUUUUUUUAACUUCCAUUAGAUAUUUUUUUGAUAAUAAUGUCCGUUUAGCGCUUUAUUUUCGAGCUAAAGAAUUCCUCUCGUAGUACGUGUGCGUGUGUGUACGAAGCCGCACCGGUUGUUUGUUACGUAUAGAAUUUCGUUUUCCCGGCCUUGACCGAAAAUUAGAAAUCUCCUCUCUUCGCGGUGGGUGAGAGACGGGUUUCCGAUGCUUAUCUUUCUGAUCUUGAAUUUGAUGUUACUAGUUUUUUUUGUGAUAAUUUUGUGAUGAAAUCGUUGGUGAUGGA